CCCACUUAUAUAUAUAUUCUAAACACUAUAAUACUCUAUUAAAAGUGGAUAUACUCUAAUGCUAAUAUGAAAUCUAUCUAGAAAUAAAUAUUACAUGCAAUCAUACUAAUGUAUCCAACUACACAUCAUGACUUAUCCAUCAUCAUCAUCCCAAUCAAAACAAAAGUUAUAUAUGAAACCGCGACUAAACUACAUCCGGAAACAACAAUCCUCGCUUCGAACUUCUCUAUCUAUCCCACAUUCUGCAGUGCAUGCAUACUGCACUUUUUCAUGACGCAGAGUAUAUCCAAGACAAUUGCAGUCAAGCAAAGCAAACAGAACUGUAUAACUGUAUCCAAACGAAGACUAGAACUAAAUAAUGUAAUGAAGUUGAGAAUAUCUUCCGAUGAGAGAAAAUUUAAGAAAUUGUAAGCGGAGUAGUAUGCAUGUAUCAUCUUCAUCUUACUUUUGAACAAAGAUUUAUGCGGUUUGCUUGGGGAUUACUUUCGGUAGGGUUUGUUUACUGCAUUGUGCAUGUGUGCGUGCGUGUUUGAUAAUCAUUUACAUACAUACAUAUAUGUAGGUAUGUAUGUGUGUGUGUUUGCGUGGUUGGUUGAAUGAUUGAAUGAUUGUUUGUUGGGAGUUGAAGAAACGAAAUUAACUAUCACCGCUUACUUACUGGGCUUAGUUAGUAGGCUAG